GGAUGAGCACGCGUUGUGUCUGCACAGGCGAACAACGAAAUCAACUUGUUUUUAUAAUUCUUUUUUUUAGCGAGAACACCUAAAUUAGCCAUCUCGGGGCUCGCGGAAGCGGCAAAAUCUGUAGUAUUUGUAAGUUCAGAGUGCAGCACAUUGAAAGGUUUUCUACUCAGCUUUUCUCGAUUUUACAGCAUUAUGGGAACUUGCCGAAAUCUCUUCGAGAAAUCCUAAAAAAGGAUCAGGAUGCUGUAUUGCAACGUCGUCUUCUAGCAAAAUUACCUGCUGUUUAUCCCAUUGACGUGCUCCUGCAUGAGUUUCUCUCUACUCUUGAUAUGGAGCUAGAAUGGGCUGGAGAUAAAUUGACAGUUUCUCACGGGGAGGAAAUUAGCUCCAGCCGUGUGACUGCUAUCAUUCGAUCUUGCCAAAUGAUUACGGACUACUUCAACAUGAUACUUGGAUUGUUUGAUUGCUUGGCUGCAAAACUAGUGAAUGUGCCCUCUGACUCGAGUAACAUCUUGGCUUUGCAAGUAAUGUCAUCGGAUUUCAUCGCAUUUCUUGAGGAAAAUCGCGAGAAGUAUUUUAGUGUUCGAAGAGAUUACGAAGCACAGGAAUGA